AUGCAGUGGCAUCGCAGUGAGGCCUUGUACGAGUGGAUGACAAUUGCCCAAUCCAAAGAGGAGGUGUUGGCAGGCAUUCCAUUCUCGAACCAGUGCCGUUUUCUCGAUUUCUUCGGGCAGCCAGCAGUUGAAGUGAAACACGCACGUCGAGAUGCUCAAGAUAUCCUUCUGCCCCUCCUCUUCAUCAGCAUCAUCUUCGUUUCCGCCUACUUACGUGGUCACGUGACCAUUGCAGUAGAAUUGCAUAGUUCCGCUCCCAGGCAUUGCCGCGUGGCGAGCGCAAUCAAUGACAGCGUCCUUGCAAGCCACGCGCGCGCUUGCCGCCCAAACCGCGGCCACCCCAGCGGCGGCGGCGCCGACGGCGGAAACGAGGGUAGGUUGGAUCGUACAUGCUCGCACUAA